UAAGCCUGCCCAUCUGAGCAGCAGUCAGUUGCAUGUUUACUUGCUUUGUCAGCGGUGUCCCCGCAGCAUAUAUCUCAUGUACCUCACCUGCUGCUGAUCAAAACCUUGGACUUUUAUCUCAGAGAGUGACUUAUCAACCGUCAGGGCUCCUUAUCAGCAGUUUCCUGUCUUUGUGGCCUGCCUCUUGCGGACCUUGAGCGGGGGCACAUCGGGUUCACGUUUUUUUUUAAGCUAACGGAAAGAUGACGUUAAAAUCCAAUAAAAACGAACCUGCCGUCAUACUGGAGUCGGUGAACAGCGUCCGGACAGCCCUCUCCGAUCUCUACCUGGAGCAGCUGCUUCAAAACAAACCAAAGUCUGACAAGCAGGCUGCUAUGCAAACCUAUGAGAAUAAGGGAGCCGAGGUUUACACCAAUGGUAGUGCUGGACACGUGAAUGGCACAGAACUGACCAGGAUGAAAGAAGUAGAAUUUGAAAAGAAUCCUUCGGAGCCGAUGGGGGUCACUCUGAAGCUGAACGACAAACAAAGGUGUACUGUGGCCAGAAUAUUGUACGGGGGCAUGAUACAUAGACAAGGGUCCUUGCAUGAAGGGGAUGAAAUAGCAGAAAUCAAUGGAAAAAGUGUGACAAACCAUACUGUAGAUCAGCUCCAAAAAAUCCUGAAAGAAACCAAUGGAGUAGUCACAAUGAAGAUCGUUCCCAACCUGCAGAGUCGAUCCCGAGCCUGUGAGAUGUACAUGAGGGCUCAGUUUGAGUAUGACCCCGCUAAGGAUGACCUCAUCCCAUGCAAAGAGGCAGGUUUGAAGUUUCAAACUGGUGACAUCAUUCAGAUUAUCAACAAGCAGGAUCCGAACUGGUGGCAGGGCAGAGUGGAGAGCAGCGAUGCUGACUUCGCUGGACUGAUACCCUCCCCAGAGCUCCAGGAAUGGAGGGUGGCAAGUAAAAGCAAGGCCAGAGAGGGCAGUCAGUCCUGCAGCCCGUUUGGAAAGAAAAAGAAGUGCAAAGACAAGUACCUGGCUAAACACAGCUCCAUUUUUGACCAGCUGGAUGUGAUUUCUUAUGAGGAGGUUGUUCGGCUCCCUGCCUUUAAAAGGAAAACACUGGUUCUUAUUGGUGCCCCUGGUGUAGGAAGGAGCCAUAUCAAAAAUGCACUAUUGACCAGAUACCCUGAGAAGUUUUCCUACCCUGCACCACACACCACCAGACCCCAACGCAAGGAAGAGGAGAAUGGGCAGGAAUAUUUUUUCAUCUCCAAUGAAGCCAUGACCAAGUGCAUCUCUGGAAAUGAGCUCUUGGAGUAUGGCAGCUUUCAGGGAAAUAUGUUUGGUACAAAAAUUGAAACCAUUCAGAAAAUCCACGAGCAAGAAAAAAUCGCCUUGCUGGAUAUAGAACCACAGACCUUGAAAGUCUUGAGGACUGCCGACUUUGCACCUCUCGUUGUGUUCAUCGCUCCGACCAACACAGCUUCCCAGACGGAAAACCUGCAGAUGAUCCAGAAAGAGUCGGACGCCAUCUUGACCACGUACGGACACUUCUUUGACGUGGUUCUCGUCAACAACGACGUGGAUGAAAGCGUGAAAGGUGUGGAGGAGGCCAUGGAGCGUGCCACCUCCACCCCACAGUGGGUGCCUGUGUCAUGGGUGUACUGACCGAUGUCUGGCACCAGUAUAAAACCUUUUCUGUUUGUUGAAAAGCAGUGCAAUAUCACUCCUUACACGAAACGAGUUAGUGAUGUCCCAGGUGUGUAUGGGUUUACUUUUGGUUAAUGUUUAUUGUCACUGAGGUUUUUUUUUUGCACAAAUACAUCCAAAAAAAUUAAGCAAUAUGUUGAAAGGUUUAUUUUAGAGAGUCGAUAACCUCACUAGGGAUGUUUUGUUUGGUUGUUUUUCGACAUUUGUGCUUGAAGCUUUUGAGGCUACAGGAUAGUUUUGGUGCGGCACCUUUGUGAUUGUUGGAACGUGAGUAAAUGCAAAAUAGGACCACAACUGUGAAUAAAAUCCUCCCUUUUAAAUAACAGGAUUUUUUCAUUUAAAGCAUUAUUUCUGGAAUCGUAGACUGUUUUUCUGUUCUCAUUAGAUUGUGCCAUUAUAUUGAGAUCCUGAAACUGUUUGUUCAUACAGUGUGUAUGUGUAACUCCAUCCAUAAUAUCUUCUACAUCAAACUUUUCAGUCAGCCAUUGACAACCUCACUUGUCUCAUGUCAUCAAAAAUUGUAUACCUCAUGGGGUACUGUAAAGGCACUUUUAAACAAAAAAUAAAUUUCCCAGCUAUGUUGCAACUGCU